GCAGCGGCAGGUCAGUGAGGGAAGAUGAAGAUGAUCCUCCGAGUUCUGGCUUUAGCCCUCUUGUCGUGUUUAAUGGAGGCGAAGCAGAAAGACUUUUACACGUUUAAGGUGGUGAACAGCAGAGGGAAAUUAGUUUCUCUGGAGAAAUAUCGCGGCUCGGUCUCCUUGGUGGUAAAUGUAGCGAGUGAGUGUGGCUUCACUGAGGAGCACUAUACGGAUCUGCAGCAGCUUCAGAGGAAUUUUGGACCGUACCAUUUCAACGUGCUGGGAUUCCCAUGUAAUCAGUUCGGCCAGCAGGAACCCGGCAGCGAUAAAGAGAUCGACAGCUUUGUGAGGCGAGUUUAUGGAGUCUCGUUUCCACUCUUCAGCAAAAUUGCUGUGGUGGGGACCGGGGCCAACAAUGCCUUUAAAUACCUCACAGAGGUGACAGGGAAGGAGCCUGACUGGAAUUUCUGGAAAUAUCUGAUUGAUGUGGAUGGUAAAGUCAUCGGCUCGUGGGGUCCUCAAGUGUCUGUGAAGGAAAUUCGACCAAAGAUUGCAGAGAUGGUGCGCAAACUCAUCAUCAAACGCAAGGAGGAGCUGUAGAGAUGCGCGCGCGCGCACACACACACACACACACACACACACACACACACACACACACAUCUAUCUACAUAAAUUUAUUCAACAGAAUGUAAAUUGUGAUACUAAAUCAGUAUUACUACUAUGAAACACACACACACACACACACACACACACACACACACACACACACACACACACACACACACACACAGAGUUUCCCACAAGCAAGUAGGUCCAUAGAACAUAUCAUAUUUUCCAGACUAGAAGACACUCUAUAACAGAUAUUAUGUUUUACACCACAGCACUGCUGAAUUCUGGAUUGUGAUUGUGAUAAGAGGUGUUGAAUUUUCUGUAACAGCAGGUCGAACAGUGGUGCAGCUGUAAAUCAUAGGUUUUAUUAAUGAGCUCAUUCUAAUGUUUCAUAUAUCAUUUCUGUAGUAAUAGCUCAUUCACAGAGACUGACUAAUAAAUUGCAGUCUUCAGAGUUGAAAAAUAGCACCACUAACAGGAGAAAAACUAAACUAGUCAACACCAGUAGGGGGCACUGUUGAAAAUUCUCACUACCUGAGAGGGUCGCGGGCAAGCUGGAGCCUAUCCCAGCUGACUUUUGGGUGAGAGACGGGGUACACCCUGGACAAGUCGCCAGGUCAUCACAGGGCUGACACAGAGAGACACACAACCAUUCACACUCACACCUACGGUCAAUAUAGAGUCACCAGUUAACCUAACCUGCAUGUCUUUGGACUGUGGGGGAAACCGGAGCACCCGGAGGAAACCCACGCGGACACAGGGAGAACAUGCAAACUCCAUACAGAAAGGCCCUCGCUGGCCGCAAACCCAGAACCUUCUUGGUGUGAGGCGACAGUGCUAACCACUACACCACUGUGCCGCCCCUGAAUGCAAUCUGUCCAACAAAGCUAUUAAUAAACAGUUGUUUAUUGUUUUUAAUGCAAAUUAUAGUCCGGAAAAUUUGGUUCAGGGAACAUACUCCCUUAAAUCCCUCACCCUGCCCCUCACCUAGACCUCAACAAUUUAGAACUUCACACACACAUAUACACGCACACAGAAAGACACACACACACCUAUACUAACACACACACAAGCCGCUGUCACACAGAAGAAUGUCCAGCAUACAGUGGUGCUUGAAAGUUUGUGAACCCUUUAGAA